GCCGAGCCGAGCGGAACGCGCAGGCCACGGGCGGCCGCCGCCAGGAUGCCCCGGCCCGCUGGCCGCUCCGCCGCCGGCCACCCACGCGGUCCCCGGCGGCCCGCGCUCGGCUCGGGGGCGCGGGAGCCGCAGCCGGAGCCGGAGGCGGGAGCAGCGAGCUGGAGCCCCGGGCGCCCGAAUGCAGGUGAGACACUGCUCGGCUAGACUCAGGGAAGAACCGGCACCAGGAAGGGUUGUACCAGUGGCAGCCUGUGGCACCUUCCCUACCACUCUGGACCAGCAAUCAACAGAUGCUCACGGUCCCUGGUGUCCCCAGGCCGCCACGUGUGAGGGCUGCUGCUCGGAGCUGAGGCCUGGCUUGAGGAGGAUGUCCCAGCCGCCGGCCAGCUCCCAUCUGCACCAUGAGUGAUGAGCGGCGGCUGCCUGGCAGCGCGGUGGGCUGGCUGGCCUGUGGAGGCCUCUCCCUGCUGGCCAAUGCGUGGGGCAUCCUCAGCGUGGGGGCCAAGCAGAAGAAGUGGAAGCCCCUGGAGUUCCUGCUGUGCACGCUCGCGGCCACCCACAUGCUCAACGUGGCCGUGCCCAUCGCCACCUACGCUGUGGUGCAGCUGCGGCGCCAGCGCCCCGACUACGAAUGGAACGAGGGCCUCUGCAAGGUCUUCGUCUCCACCUUCUACACCCUCACCCUGGCCACCUGCUUCUCCGUCACCUCCCUCUCCUACCACCGCAUGUGGAUGGUCCGCUGGCCCGUCAACUACCGGCUAAGCAACGCCAAGAAGCAGGCAGUGCACACGGUCAUGGGCAUCUGGAUGGUGUCCUUCAUCCUGUCGGCGCUGCCUGCCGUCGGCUGGCACGACACGAGCGAGCGCUUCUACACCCACGGCUGCCACUUCAUCGUGGCUGAGAUUGGCCUGGGCUUCGGCGUCUGCUUCCUGCUGCUGGUGGGCGGCAGCGUGGCCAUGGGCGUGGUCUGCACGGCCAUCGCCCUCUUCCAGACGCUGGCGGUGCAGGUGGGGCGCCGGGCCGACCGCCACGCCUUCACCGUGCCCACCAUCGUGGUGGAGGACGCACAGGGCAAGCGCCGCUCCUCCAUCGACGGCUCCGAGCCCGCCAGGACCUCGCUGCAGAUCACCGGCCUGGUGGCCACCAUCGUCGUCAUAUACGACUGCCUCAUGGGCUUCCCUGUGCUGGUGGUGAGCUUCAGCAGCCUGUGGGCUGACGCCUCGGCGCCCUGGAUGGCACUGUGUGUGCUCUGGUGCUCAGUGACCCAGGCCCUGCUGCUGCCCGUAUUCCUCUGGGCCUGCGACCGCUACCGCGCUGACCUCAAGGCUGUCUGGGAGAAGUGCAUGGCCCUCAUGGCCAACGACGAGGACUCGGGUGACGAAACCAGCCUGGAAGGUGGCAUCCCCCCAGACCUAGUGUUGGACCGCUCCCUGGACUACAGCUAUGGGGGUGACUUUGUGGCCCUGGACAGGACGGCCAAGUAUGAGCUCUCUGCCCUGGAGGGGGACCUGCCCCAGUUCUACCCUCUGCGGCCCUUGCAGGAGGACAAGAUGCAGUACCUGCAGGUCCCGCCCACGCGACGCUUCUCCCACGACGACGCGGACGUGUGGGCCGCCGUUCCGCUGCCCACGUUCCUACCGCGCUGGGGCUCUGGCGAGGACCUGGCCGCCCUGGUGCUGCCUGGCGGGCCCGACCGGCGCCGCGGCGGCCUGCUGGCGGAGGACGCGCCCCCCUUCCGCCCGCGCCGUCGCUCCGCCGAGAGCCUGUUGUCGCUGCGUCCCCCGGCCCUGGACGACGGCCCGCGCCUCGCCCCCGGCUCGCACCCCGGCAGCCCGCGCCGCCGCGCCGGGCCCGGCGCCCGCUGCGCCUCGGCCUCGCUGCUGCCCGACGCCUUCGCGCUGACCGCCUUCGAGCGGGAGCCACAGGCCCUGCGCCGCCAGCCCGCCUCGCCGGGGCCCUUCCCCGUCCGCGCCCUGCCCCGCGACGGCGCCCAGCCCGGCGGGGACGCGGCGCCGCCUAGCGGCGGCGGCGCACAACGGAGCCCCGGGCCGCGCCCGGCCGCACACGCGCGUUCCAGGACCCUGCGGACCGGCCUGAGCGCGUCGUGGGGCGAACCCGGGGGCCUGCGCGCGGCGGGCGGCGGCGGCGGCAGCAUCAGCAGCUUCUUGAGCUCGCCCUCGGAGUCGUCGGGCUACGUCACGCUGCACUCGGACUCGAUGGGUUCGGCGUCUUAGGGCCCGCCGGCGCCUCCCCAAGUCUCCAGGCGGGCCGGGCCACCCACGGGGCCAAAGCACCAAAGAUGCCAUCCUAACUCGGGGCAGGCUACGCUGAGGCCGCCGGCGGCGCCUGGACUUGCGCUAGCC